AUGCAACUUGCAUGCCUGAAGAAUCCAGCCCCGGCUCUCCCGUUUGUUUUCACAGGAGGAAGUCACUUUUGUGGGGGAGUCAUUUCAAGUCUCUCGGGCUCCUUCUCCAGUCCUUGGUAUCCAACAAACUACCCCAGUGACGUGGAGUAUGUCUGGGCGAUACACCUGGCUGAGAAGUUCCAUGUAGAGCUGACAAUCCCCAGCCUGAAAUUAGAGGACAUCUGUGGGUGCCCUUACGACUUCAUCGAAGUGUUCGAUGGACAGCAGGUUGCCUCGCUCUCCAUGGCCAGAUUCUGUGCCGAGGCAGGGCUCAUGUUCCGCUCCUCGUCAAACAUCCUGACCGCAGUGUUCAGAAGCGACGCCAUGAUCACCAACACAGGGUUCCUUGCCCCGUACAAUGCCAUUCAGCAGGACGAAAGGGAGAGUGACGCGGCCCUGAGACUGGGGGACGGCAGUCACAGGUGUGAGGGCCGGGUGGAGGCCCUCUACAAUGGCACCUGGGGCACCGUGUGUGACGACAGCUGGGACCUGACAGACGCCAGGGUCAUGUGCCGGCAGCUCGGCUGUGGCGCGGCCUUGUCAGCCCCGGCGCAGAGCUACUUAGGUGGAGGCAGUGGCCACGUCAUGCUGGACGAUGUGCGGCGCACGGGGAAUGAAGCCAGGCUGCGGCAGCGCACGCACAACGGCUGCUUCUCCCACAGCUGCAGACACCCAGCUGGCGGCGUCUGCUCAGGUGGGCCCCCCCCGGGACACAGCACACCUCAGGGAGAGUCUUGCGCCCCGGCAGCCUCUGGGAAGGGAGACGUCAAUUACUCAGAAAGGAGCUGUGGGCUUCAAGCCAUCUUUUCAAGUCAAUUUGCUUAA